CCAAAUUCGAAACCCUAAUUAGCUCCCUCCUCUGUUUUUUUUUAUAUUAUUCAAAUUCCGCCUCCAAAAUCCUCUCUUUCUGCGAUUUCUAUCACUUCACGCGCAUUGAGAGCGAGAGAGAGAGAGACCCAAGCAAGAGCUCAAAUUAGGGUUAUUUUUCCGAUUUGAGAGAUCCAUUAACAAUGGCGUGGUCGUCGGAAACGCCGUCGUAUUGCGGCUGGAAUGAGCGACAUGUGAAGAACACGAAAGAAAAGAUGGAGGUUCAUUAUUAUCUCGAGAGGAAAGAUGGAAUUGCAGAUCUAGCUGUUAUUGGGAGGUUGAAGAAUUCUAAACGCAUGUCUUUUAGAUACGCUUUGAAGAAGAAUCGCUCUGUCUUGAAAAAGCUUAAUUCUAAAGAUGAUGUUGCGCUUUGGCUCGAUUCUAUUGUUUCUGCUAAACCUAUUAAUGACUUAAUUUUGCUGCAGACAGAUCCGGUUUCCACCUUUUGGUACUGAGCAUGUCUGCACGAAUUGAUAUACUUCAAGUUUUGAUUGAUUUUCUGAUUAGAGAUCAAUGUUUAUUGAUGUGUAUUGCUGAUCUUUUGUUAUUGGUUUUGCUUCAAUUUUUAGGUGAGAUACCUCAUGUAGCAGAUGUACCAGCUACUGUUAUGACUGAAAAAGAUGCUGGAGGGUUCAAUAUGAGCACUUUUAUGAAUAGGAAAUUUCAGGAGCCUAUUCAGCAGAUCAAAACGUUCUCUUGGAUGGGUUUUUCUUGGACUUGCAGGAAACGGCGUAAGCAUUAUCAGUCUUAUCUCCGGAAUGGUGUCAGAAUAUCUGUGAAUGAUUUUGUGUAUGUUUUAGCGGAGCAACAUAAGAGACUUGUUGCAUAUAUAGAAGACCUUUAUGAGGAUUCUAAAGGCAAGAAGAUGGUUGUGGUACGAUGGUUUCACAAAACUGAGGAGGUUGGUUCUGUUUUAUCUGAUGAUGAUAAUGACAGAGAGAUAUUUUUUUCUCUUAAUCGGCAAGAUAUCAGUAUUGAGUGCAUAGAUUACUUGGCUACUGUCCUUAGUCCUCAGCAUUAUGAGAAAUUUCUUAAGGUGCCGAUGCAUGUUCAGACAGUAGCUUUCUUCUGCCAGAAAUUAUAUGGAGAUGAUGGUUUAAAGCCGUAUGACAUUACACAACUAGAAGGUUACUGGAGACAAGAAAUGCUUAGAUACUUGAAUGUAUCUAUUUUAAAAUCAUUUGAAGGUGCUCAAGCCCCUGGUACUGACCCAGGAUUAAAAGCUCCAUUGGUUGGUUGUGUUGGGAUUAGAUCAAGGAAAAGACGCCGUCCUAGUCCUGUUGGUACUUUGAAUGUAUCAUACGCAGGUGACAUGAAAGGUGACUGCAAAUCUAGUCCAGAUUCUGUUUUGGCUGUUACAGAUGCUUCUAUAUUCAAGGGUGACGAAGAUGGUUCUUCCCAUCACAUUAAAAAGGGUUCACUUAUUGAAGUUCUUUCUGAAGAUAGUGGCAUCAGAGGUUGUUGGUUUAAGGCUCUGGUAUUAAAGAAACACAAAGAUAAGGUUAAGGUCCAGUACCAAGAUAUUCAGGAUGCAGACGAUGAAUCUAAAAAGCUAGAGGAAUGGAUUUUGACAUCUCGGGUUGCUGCUGGUGAUCAUCUGGGGGAUCUUAGAAUCAAAGGACGGAAAGUAGUAAGACCAAUGCUGAAGCCCAGCAAAGAAAAUGAUGUAUGUGUCAUCGGGGUUGGUAUGCCUGUGGAUGUGUGGUGGUGUGAUGGAUGGUGGGAAGGGAUCGUGGUGCAGGAAGUUUCUGAAGAGAAAUUUGAAGUUUACUUGCCAGGCGAAAAGAAAAUGUCUGCUUUCCAUCGUAAUGACCUCAGACAAUCUCGGGAAUGGUUGGAUGAUGAGUGGCUAAACAUAAGAUCAAGAUCUGAUAUUGUGAGUUCUGUCCUAUCUUUGACGAAGAAAAAAGAGAUGGAGGUGAAACAUGAUGAGAAGUCGUCUGAUGUUGGUGUUUGUAAUGGUAGGAUGUCACCAAAGACUGAGGCUAAACGCACCAUCUCUCUUCCAGUAGCUACAACCAAAAAGUCACUACCUAAGCGACCAAUUCCAGAUCUUCUAAAAGAUGUCCUAGUCACUUCUGACUUAAAGUGGAAAAAAUCAUCGAGGAAGCGGAAUCGAGUUGUCAGUUGCUGUCCACACGAUCCUAGCUUGAAUGAUGGUUUCUCUAGUGAAAGAUCUUUGGAUUGUGAGAACUGUAAGUUCAUGGAAGAUACUUUUGGCUCUUCAGAUGGACAGCAUUUGACAGGUCUAUUAAUGUCGAGAUGAUCAUCAGCUUGGACCUAGUUACUUUUCUUCUUGUGAGGUACAUAUUACCCUGAUGGGCAUCUGCUCAAUGCGAUUUUGGGUUUUAAGAUUACUGGUAACUCGCAAGCUUUCUUGGGAUGGAUUAUAGGAUUAGCUCGUAAUGGCAUCCAAAUUCGUUUGUGUACUUAUGUUGUGACAGUAGGGCAUAGUGCUUUAAUUCAAUCAGCAAAAUUUUGGAUGCAGUAGAAGUAGGUAAUAAUAACAUUACCUCGCUAGUGUUUUAGGCUUAAUCAGUGUUUUUCUCUUAGAAUUAAGUUAUCAUUUUACUCUCUUUAGCAUAGAGAUGAUUCGUUUUCUUUUUGGUCUGGUGGGAUCUUUCUUUUCAUGUAACCUAUGUAACAUUAAAUAAAAUUAUCUUGUUACCUUGAUCUCAACUUCAUUGUCUAUAUGAUACGUACCUUUCUUA